UCCCUAAGAACACUCCACACCAGAGAGCACAAGAAAAGUUUUCCAAAAUAUUCACUUUAUUCAGGCUAUCGGGCAGUUUAAAGACCUGGCUCGGACGCCCUGUGGGGAACAAUAUUUAUCAACCAUUUAGCUCAUGAGAUGAAACAAGGGGCCAUGGCUACGGCGUUACUGUCAGAGACGGAGAUCAGGCAGCGGUCUAUGGCAGAGGAGGAUCCGAACGGGAAUGAACAUGGGGCGGCUGCGCGCAGCACCGUGCCUCGCUGGGGACCGCAGCAUGCCGGGGCCCGACAGCUCGCCAGGCUUUACUCUCCGGGAAAGCGGCUGCAGGAGUGGAUCUGUGUAAUUCUGUGCCUCUCGCUCUUCGCUCUUAACCUCUCCUUCCUCUUCCUCAACUUCUCCACAGUGCACAUCUACAGAAUCAUCUUUGGCAUUGUGACUGGUAUUGUGACAGCAGAUUUUGCCUCUGGGAUCGUACAUUGGGGAGCUGAUACAUGGGGUUCAGUGGACAUCCCAGUAAUUGGGAAGGCAUUUAUUCGCCCAUUCCGGGAGCACCACAUUGAUCCGACAGCUAUCACACGGCAUGACUUCAUAGAGACUAAUGGAGACAACUGCAUGAUCACCAUCCUGCCUCUGGCCCACAUGGCCUAUAAAUUCCUCUCCUACCCACCAGAUGCCCUUGCAGAGUCCUACCCCUGGGAAUGUUUUGUUUUUGCGUUGGCGGUCUUUGUAACCAUGACUAAUCAGAUCCACAAGUGGUCCCACUCCUACUUCGGCCUGCCACUCUGGGUCACACUACUGCAGGACUGCCACCUAGUGCUGCCACGGAAACACCACCGGAUUCAUCAUGUGUCGCCACAUGAGACGUACUACUGCAUCACCACAGGGUGGUUGAACUACCCGCUGGACAAAGUGGGUUUUUGGCGGACAAUGGAGUGGUUGAUCGAGAAAUUGACGGGUCAGAAGCCACGCAGUGAUGACCUGGCCUGGGCCAAGAAAACCGAGUGACCAGGAUAGCAGGACUGAAUUCCCUCCCUCAUCCAUCUCAGAAACCAGAAACCGAAAUAUGGGCCUUAACUCUGUACCCCAAAACCUCUCUCCUAUAAUGUUCCUGUGUCCCUCUGUCUCCGCUAAACCAUCUUCUCUACAGCACAGAACCACAGAUCACUCUUACUGCUGGGGCCUUUUCCUGUCACUGAGGUCUGCUACACGCAAGCCAUCACCUGUUCCUCCUCUACUGGCUUCCUCCUCAGUUUUGUAGAUGUCCAUACGCAACGAAAUAGUAGAAAGACAAGAUGAAGUUCAAAACGGUGGUUUCAAACUGUUGAGAUAAUGAUGAGAGACACUGUUUCCCUCACAAUCCUUUGCUCCAUCUCCAUGUGCUUUCCCGUUUCAGUGUGUAAAAUGUAUGUUUUCUGGAGGUUGGGCUCUCCAGAGGACCGAAACCAUGUUGUGAUUUUCCCAGCAUGGUUUUCAUAGCAAGGCAUGGAAUGAAAUAAGCAAUUACAUCUGGAUUUGAUUCCACAAACUGCGAGAAAAGAUUUAUUGCCAUCUCAAACACUCUCUCCAGUUUCACAAAAGCAUCUCGGCAGCGUUAAAACCCUCCCUUAGUUUGAACCGGAGGACGCAUGGAGGAUCCAUUUCUCAAAAAACGCAGAGAAAGGGUUUUGUUGGCCAACCCGCGUGGUCAGUGCUCAGUUGACCCAACUGAAUGUUUUCCCUGAGUGUUUUUUACUGAGCUCGUGUUAGCC